UAUUAACAUCACUUUAUUUCUAUAGAAAACGCAUUACAUUAAAAGUAUCAUUAAUCUGAAUACGCAAAUUUUUCAACAGAACAAAACUCGCCUAUAAAUAAACCAAAGUUCUUUCGCGACUAUACAUAUUUUUUGUGUAAUGACAGAACUUCGUUCGAAAGUUGUUCAACUUUAUAAACAUUUAAUAUAUUUAGGAAGGGAAUAUCCUGGAACUAAUGGUCCAGAAAAAUUUCGUCAGCAAGUGCGCGACGCUUUUCUGAAAAAUAAGAGCGAGACAGAUCCAAGAAAAAUUAAAGCUCUCUUAGCUCAAGGACGUUAUGUGGCCAAAGAAGUGGAAACGCUUUAUUAUUUAAAGAAAUACCGAGCAAUAAAACAACGUUAUACCCAAGAAUAACUUGCUAUACAUUAAGUAAUUGACUAAUGUAAUGGAUAAGACUAAAUGUAAUCGAAAAGCAUGUUUUUUUUUUUUUUAUUAUAUUAGUUAUUAGUUAUUUAAUCCUUGAAUAGAUUUAGCAAAAUACAAAGAAGAAAAAUAGAUGUAUAACGGUAUAGAUUUUUAAUAAAAGAAAAACUUCUCGUUAUGCAAUAAACUUUAAAUUUAUCCAUACAUAUAAAACGCAAUAAGAUGCAUUCGCUUUUCAUCUUUGGAUACAGUAUUGUUUACAUUCAUUGUUCAACCGCCGAGAUAAUGCGCUCUGAAAGAGCAAAGUUAUUUAUUACGUAGCAUUUCAUUAAUAUAUAUAAGUGUAAACGUAAAUUAUUAUUAUUAUUUACGUUGUUAAUUAAAACAAUUAUAAAGUUAUCGUGGUGUACUGUCUUUAUCCGACCUUGUUCGAUAUAGUGGAAAUGCCGCAAUAUGCUACAUAGUCUUAAUGAUCAAUCAUUCGUUCCCAUCAAUCCAAGGAGAAACCAUUCUGUACUCAUUAUCAUCAGUCAAGUUUAGAAUUAAGUGUGCAUAUAACGAGAGAAACAACCAGGAAGGCAGGUGUAAAUUUGAAAUAAUUCAGGUCGUCAGCGUAUUGAAAGGUGUUAAUUUUAUCGGCCUGAAAGUUAUGCAACUGUAGAGAACAAGCCUUUAUAUAGCUGGGAAGAAUGUGAAGAGGUUGUGCGUGAGUGUAUACUAUUCACUCAUAUUUUGCACGUUAUUUAAAGCAUGACUCGGAAAAUCUUUCGAUGGAAAAGUACGUACAGGACGGAAGGCAACCUUAGAUACCUUAGAUUAUUAUUAUUAUGCCUAUUUUUAUCUUUUAAAAAUAACGAUUGUUCUUUUUGAAUGGGAAAUUUCCGAAUGCAAAGCUAUGUCAUGCUUUGCUCAUAUUGGCAGUUAAUUUGAACCCACGGCUUACGAGCAAUUUGUUCCUGUGGACAUAUUAUUAACUCAUAUUAUAGAACUCCUAUGCAAUGAGCAUACUUCUAUAUUAACAGCUUGGAAUCUUUUCGAUUCCGCAGCUCAAGCACGGUGAAGAUGGAAUACCAUCAUAUACUUCAACUCGGCCUGCAUCCAUCAUCAUGCUUAGAUAACAACCGUAAGGUUCACAGAGGCAUUUGAAACACAAUCGAAAAGUUUGGAAGAAUCCCAGCGAGCUUCUUGUUAAUAUAAUCGUAGGUGCUGGCUGGCUAUGAAAAAGAACAAUUCAUUAACACGCAUGUUUGUAGAUUCGCGUUCUUGAAAAGCAUAGAAACGAGCCGAAGCUAUCUUUCAGUGUUCAAGAAAUCCAUCAGUCCCUGCUUAACCAUGAAAUCUUAUGAACACUGAAAUUAAACAAAUGAGUCUGAAGUUGCUUAAAACAUUGAAGUCUUUAUCUACUUUAGGAGCGGGAACCAUUUUACUCCAUCGCAAUUCGAAUGGGACGAUGUUAUUAGACCAGGAAUUACUAAGUGCAUGCAACACAGC